AGAACUACCGCAGUGUAAAAAGUUUCUUUUAAAACGUUACCCAGACGUUAAUUGUGUUUAAUUUGCAUCUAAGACGAAACCAGUAACAACAAACCUCAAAGAAAUGUAAUCGAAACAUCGCACAAAAUCAAUUAAAUACCUCAAAAACUUCAUAUCUUCUUUUUUUUUUGGUGUUGCAUCUAUACCAGUAUAUUAUAAUAUUAAAACAUACACACACAUCGUUAUAUAUAUAAUAAUAUAGAAAUACAUACAGCAGAAAAAUAAUAAUAAUAAAAUCAACGAAAAAAAAGCAGUGAAGAAAGAAGAGUUGCUCGAAAAACCUGAAAGUUUCACGUGAAAUUUCCACGAUGGAGGUUUCAAUGAUGACCGAAGGGAGCACACGUAUCAAGCAGGAGAUUGAUAUUUCGUGCUGUAGUCCGACGCCGUCGUCCAAUAGCAGUAACAACAACAACAAUCUUGCACACACCACCCUUUUGUUUAAUUCUUCGGAAGCGAAUCUUGAGUACAAAUGCAACCCCGAUACUUUAAGCAGUCCCAUAACAGACACCACGAUAAAUUCAUCGACCCCAAACUCACCGGAUCGUCAAUUCUGUAGUUCAACAUCUGCCUUAGGUGAUUUUUCGAGUGAUUCUUUGUGUCCCGAUACCGUUAAGACUGAGGAUUUGCCGCGGCGAGUGUGUCUCGUGUGUGGCGAUACCGCAUCUGGCUUCCAUUAUGGCGUGGCCAGUUGCGAAGCGUGCAAAGCAUUUUUCAAAAGGACAAUUCAAGGCAACAUUGAAUACUCAUGUCCGGCAAACAAUGACUGUGAAAUAAACAAACGCCGACGGAAAGCAUGUCAAGCGUGUCGCUUCAGGAAAUGCCUGCAAAUGGGCAUGCUAAAGGAGGGUGUGAGACUGGAUCGCGUACGUGGCGGAAGACAAAAGUAUCGACGCAACCCGAAUGUAUCACCGUACCAAUUGCCUGCGUCAUCUACCUCAUUGAAUCGAGUACAAAGUCUAGAAGAUAUAAAAUUUCUAAAUACGCUGAUGCAAAUUAAGCGGGAACCAAUAACGCUCGCGUGCUGCGGCAUCGAUCUGCAAACGGCAAAUCGUCAAUCCAUGGAUUCGCAUCUGUUGUCAAAAAUCUCGAUUGGCGACACGGAGAGCUUUAUGGAUACGGAUGAGGCGACGUCGACGAUGAUUUCGACGACGGAGCCGCAGGAUUUUCUCUCCGUGCUGAGCGGUUUGUAUGAUUACGAGCUGACAGCAAUUAUUGGAUGGGCGAAACAAGUUCCAGGUUUCUUAGAACUUCCCCUGAACGACCAAAUGAAAUUACUGCAAGCGAGUUGGGCAGAAAUCCAUACUUUACGCGUAGUUUCACGAUCAAUUCCACUCGUCAAUGGUCGUCUCAACUUUGCAUCGGAUUUUUCCUUGGACGAAGCUGCUGCAAAGGAAUGCGGAGCAAGCGAAUUAUACAAUUAUUUCGUCCAUUUAACACAACGAUUUGAACGAAUAUCUACCUCAAAAGAAGAAUUUUAUCUUCUAAAAGCACUUUUAUUAGCCAAUUGUGAUGUGAUGGGUUUGGAGAACCAAGCUGACCUCAAGAAACUCCGCGAUUCAAUACUCAGUGCGCUGAACGAUUGUGUUUUCGUUUCAAGAAACAUGUCUGCAAUUUCACACCAACAACAACUUUUGCUGUUACUGCCCGCGAUGCGGCAAGCAAAAUACGUUGUGCGCAACUUCUGGACCGACGUGCAUCGCAUUGGGCGAGUCAAACAACGACUUCUCGUGGAGAUGAUUGAGGGCAAAAUUUAAUUUUGUUUUGUAUUUCUAAUAAUUUUAUUAAUUAGUUUUUAAUUUUUUUCAUAAGUUUUAUUUAAAAAAAAAUAAUUAAAAUUAAAAAUAAUUGCAAAAAAGCUAUUAAUACUAACACAAAAUUGGCAAAAAUCUCACUAAAUGCAAUUUAGAUACCUUUUUGUACAAAAUAACUUUUAUAUUAUAAUAAUUAUUAUUUUUAAAAAUUUAUUUAGUUAUGAAGUAUAAAAAAAAAUAUUAUGAGCUGGUAUGAUUGAUCACUAUUACACAAAAUAUGACGUCUCUCGUUGUUGUGAUGAAAUAAUAAAAAAAAAAUAAUGAUUAUGAUUAAACAUUAAGAUAGAAGUAUAUAAAGGGAGACUCAUUGAUGGAGUAAGGAAAAAAAAGUAGAAGACUGUUUAUAUUGUAAAUUAUGAAAUUUUUUUAUUAUUAUCAUUAAUAAUAAUAUUAUUUAAGAAUCUUUUCGAUUUUUUGUCUUUAAUAAACGAUAAG